AUGUCGGACGUCGUGUAUGAAGAGACAGCCACGAUGAUUGCCGCAGGGGAAUUGCAUCCGUUUGUCCCGUUUGGCCGUGAUCACUGCAGGAACCACCCCAACGCUUUCAACCUGCAGCUGCGGGAGCUGCAGCCCGCCUCCGAGCUCUGGUCGUCGGACUGCGCCGCCGGCCUGGCCGGCUCCCUGCAGGAGGUCAGCCUCCAGGAGAGAGAGAGGGAAAGCUGGCAGCUGAGGAAAGGCUACGUGGAGUCCCUGGAGCAGGAUGUGGAGUUCGAAGAGGAGCUGUACGCCUCCGGGAAUGUGGUGGUUUGGACCCGCGGCAGCCGGGGGCAGAGCUCCAACGUUUACAAGGCGUUCACUGUGGACAGUCCCGUAGAGCAGGCAUCAUGGUGUGACUUUCCUGUUCUUCAUAGCAAGAAAGACGAGGAUACAGUGGAGCGUACGGUGUGCAUCGUGCAGAACGGAUGCAUUAACAUCCACACCGUGACCGGCAAGGAUUUCCUCUCGCCUCUGCCGUUCCAGGUGUCCAAAGUAUGGCCGACCAAGUUCGGACUUUUGCUAGAGCGUAAAAUCACGGCAGCUGACGGACAGUUCAGCUCCCCAGGCGAAUGUCUUCCCACCGUCUUCAGCAUGCUGCAUCCAAUAGAUGAGGUGGCGCCAUUGGUGCGCAAAACCACAGGUGACGGCUCUCACGUGGAGUACAUCUCCGACACCAGCACUAAGAUCAUCUUCACGUGCUGUCGACCCUCCAUCUUGGUCUCUUACAACAGUGACCAGGGAACGCACUCGGUGUGGUGCCUGCGCAAGGUCACGCACGAGGAGCGCUGUAGCGUGCUCGGUUGUCCGAGCAAGCCCUUCGGAGAACCGCUGGGCUCCCUGGCAACGGGGGUCCUUAUGUCGCACCUGCGCAACUCCUCCCACCUGGAGUCCCCGUGCAGCAGCAAGGCAUCCAGGUUCAAUUCCAGUGUUGGAGCAAGCCACCAGAGCCGAAUCACCAUGUCCUCACAAGUGGGACCGACCCGCAUCCAUUCCCCGGGUAUAUCCAAGAUGGCCGAUCUCAGUCGCGAUCACUCCCCGGGAAUGGCUGCGCCAUCCUUAUCGGGCGGGGCUCGCUUCAACACGACCCUCCACGUGUCGUCGCCAGUGGGCCCACACCACGGCGCAGCGCACUCGCCCAACAGCACCAUCAGCGAAACUGUGAUGGGACCGAUUAUACCAGAACUCUGCAUAGAUCACCUGUGGAGCGAGACGGCCGCCUGCCACAGCCUGGACAGAGAGAUGAGCAGCCAGGCCGCCAAAGUGUUCCUGACCUCCGACCUCUGUGAAAACCGCUACCUGUGCUUCCUGGUUGAGUCGCACCAGCAACUCAGAUGCGUGAAAUUCAUGGAGAGCAACGAUAUGUCUCAGCUCAUUUUCACCUCUGUCACGAGCAUUGCUGCUAAAGAUGCCGAGCCUCUACAGAACAUCGGCGCUAUGUUGGUUCUGGAAGCCUGCGGCAGCCUUGUUCUUUACACCGGCGUCACUCGGGUCAGCAAGGUGUUUGUGCCCGGUCUCUUGCCGUCGUCUGCCUUGCCGUCGGCAGGCGUGCAAGUUAGCACGCCUGUUAACGCUAGCAACAGGCGCUUGCAAAGACUGGAUGAGACUGCCAUGCCCUCACCAGUGAGCGAGAUGAGGAUUCUUAACAUGAAGCACCACGAAGGCUCUUUUCUGGAGGACUACGCCUUCCAGCAGGCCAUGCCUUACAUCAACGCCUUGAGGGAUCCCGUCAGUAAUCGUGUGACAUUGGAACUAAGCAACGGCACCAUGCUCAGAAUCUCCAUCCCGAACAUUGCUUCCUCAGAGUUGGUGAAAAAAUGUCUUCAGCCUAUUCGGUUCAUCUUGCCCAAGGAAGCUGCAAUGAAGGUUUUGGUCAAGUGGUAUACCAUCAACAACGCCCCGGGCGGCACCAGCGUCCACAGCGAGUGGAACCGUUUUGUCACUUGUUUCCUGUCACUGAUGGGCUACAACACGGAGCGUCUGACCUGGACACGAAACCUGCAUUUUGAAGUGCCUCACUCGCCGGUGAUUGCGGCUAAAAAAGCUCGUCCCUGUGAUGAAGGCUCUGAUGAGGACUGGGAAUACUUGACGAGAUCUAAAUACCACCACCAGAUGGUUUCCCACUGCAAACCAACAGACUCCAGUGCUUUCAAUGGAAGCCUCAUCCCGGACGGAGGCGACUCAGCAGCGUUGUCGCCAACUUUGGACAACACGGCGCCUCUCUUCACGCACAUUCCGGCUCUUUUCUACGUUCUCCACCUGCUCUACCAGGAGCUGAUGCUCGACGAGUUGCUCCGCGAGAGGGCCACGUCGUCUCUGGUGUGUCUGUUGCAGCAGCUCGCCAGAGACCUCCAUUUGGAGGACUAUCUGGACCUAUACUGGAGAGACUACCCUUCAUUAAUGAGCGGAUUCACCGAGAGUUGCUACAUUGAUCAGUCCCUGAUUGGUCAAAUGCAGUACCCGUCUUUCCUGCGGGCGGAGCCACCUUGCGUCUUCAGCUGGUUCAGCAGUUGUCUUCGAGGGGAGAAAGUCCCGCCUUUCCCUUACCUGCCCGGCAUCUGUCAUCGGGUCCGGCUGCUCGUUCUGAGUUACGCUCUUUACAUCGGCGGUGACGACAACGCGACCGCGUCCAACGUUUCCGAGUACCUGGUGAAGCUUUCCGCAGGUCAGAAGAGCAAUGAGAAGCAGUACGGAAGACAUACAAGCAUGGAGCAAGUCAAGUCGUGCAGUGAGAGUUUAGCCGAGCAGCUCGUUGUCUGGCUGGCCUCGCAAGGAUUCACCUUAAAGGACCUGGAGACGGUCCCGUUCGGUGUGGCCCUGCCCGUCCGAGAGGCCAUCUACCACUGCCGGAAGCAGCCGUGCGCCGAUUGGUCGGAGGAGGUUUGCCUCCUGAUCGGCCGGCAAGACCGAACCCGACAAGCCCACAACACCAAUCCGGCCAAAAGCAAAUCUUCCGUGGGUUCCAGCUUAUCUUUGGAUCCUCCCUCGACCAGCGAAGCCGACGAAGAGGAGGAGGACGGCAUGUCGGACAUCGUCCAAGAGGUCACAGAACUGAUCUGGAGUCAAGAUCUGAGAGUCCAGGAGGUCCGGAGACUACUGCAGAGCUCCAAGCCAGUCCGGGUCAACGUCGUCCAGCUCCCGGAGGUCUCGGACCACGAGUACAUUGAGGAGAAGGAGAACAAACUCCUUCAACUGUGUCAAAGAACCAUGUCGCUUCCAGUGGGAAGAGGGCUCUUUACUCUGUUUUCCUAUCAGCCGGUUCCGACUGAACUUUUACCCAUCCCUAAACUCAACCUAACAGGUCGCGCCCCGCCCACGAACGCUAUGGUGGACCUGAACAGCGGCAACAUUGACUUACCCGCUAACAUGACUAGCUGGCCCAGCUUCCACAACGGCGUGGCCGCCGGACUUAAGAUUGCACCUGCCUCGCAGGUGGACUCCGCUUGGAUCAUUUACAACAAGAACAAGAACCAAGAGUUGGCUAACGAGCACGCUGGCUUCCUCAUGGCGCUAGGCCUCAACGGGCACCUCACCAAACUGGGGACACUCAGCAUACACGACUACCUUGCCAAGGGUCACGAGAUGACCAGCAUCGGGCUUCUUAUCGGCGUGGCCGCAGCCCGACUGGGCACCAUGGACAUGACGACCACCAGCCUGCUUAGCAUCCACAUUCCUGCCUUGCUACCUCCUACCUCCACUGAGCUGGACGUCCCACACAACAUUCAGGUUGCCUCUGUAAUUGGCAUUGGCCUUGUGUACCAGGGAACAGGACACAGACACAUGGCUGAAGUUCUGCUAUCUGAGAUAGGGCGUCCUCCAGGCCCAGAGAUGGAAUACUGCACUGACAGGGAGUCAUACUCCUUAGCUGCAGGAUUAGCUCUCGGAAUGGUCUGCCUCGGGCAAGGCAGCAACCUGAUUGGGAUGGGCGACCUGAACGUCCCGGAGCAGUUGUAUCAGUACAUGGUAGGGGGUCACCGCAGGGCCCCGGUCGGAGCCAUCAGAGAGAGACACAGCUACCAGAUCAAGGAGGGCGACACCAUUAACGUGGACGUGACGUGUCCUGGAGCCACACUGGCCCUAGCCAUGAUCUACCUCAAGACGAACAACCGGUCAAUAGCUGACUGGCUAAAACCUCCGGACACUUGGUUCCUGCUGGAUUUCAUCAAACCAGAAUUUCUUCUUCUAAGAACGCUGGCAAGGUGCAUCAUCAUGUGGGAUGACAUCGUACCUAAUAAGGAGUGGGUGAAAAGUAAUGUACCUCAGAUCAUGCGAGGGACGGAAAUGGAUUCACCAGAAAAUAUCAACAUGGAGAUUUGGAUCCAAGUGCAGGACUACAUCACUGCGGGCGCUUGCAUGGCACUCGGCCUUCGCUUUGCGGGUUCCGCCAAUUCGGAUGCCUUCGACUGCCUGGACGAUUUCGCCAAGAGCUUCAUGCAAGUCAUGUCUUCCUACGGUACAGCCUCUGUGGAGCCGGGUUCCUACAACAUGCAGACGGCGCUGUCCAUGAUUCUGCUGUCCAUGUCCAUGGUGAUGGCCGGCACGGGUAACCUGAAAGUGCUGCAGCUCUGCCGCUUCCUACACUACCGCACCGGCGGCGAGAUGAACUACGGCUUCCACAUGGCUCAUCACAUGGCGCUCGGCAUGCUUUUCCUGGGAGGGGGAAGGUUCAGCUUGAGUACCUCCAACUCUGCUAUUGCUGCCCUCUUGUGCGCCCUCUACCCGCACUUCCCCUCUCACAGUACUGACAACCGCUAUCACCUCCAGGCCCUACGACACCUCACCGUGCUGGCGGCCGAGACCCGCCUGCUGGUGCCAGUGGACGUGGAUUCCCUCAAGCCCUGUUACGCUCUUCUGGAUGUCACUUAUAAGAAAACCGAGUGGUACGAUGAGACGACGGUGGAGCUGGUGGCGCCCACCAUGCUGCCUGAGCUGAACCUUCUCAAGCGGGUUCGAGUGAAGGGUCCUCGUUACUGGGAGCUGUCCAUUGACCUGAUCAAAGACGUGCAGCAUCUCAAGUCCAUCCUGUCUCGGAACGGCGUUUUGUACGUGAAACUCCGAGCGGGACAGUUGCCCUACAAGGAUGACCCUCAGGGCUGGAAGAGCUUGUUGGCUUCAGCGGUCAAGCAGCGCAGGCCUGGAGUCGGAGCCUUCAAGGUGGAGGACAUCUCCACCUUCACCUCUGACCCCACCCUGCUGUCUUUUGCCGAGUUCUUCUGCAAGACGUCAAACGGAAUCAAGCACGUGAAGGAGACGGUGGCGUUAUUCUCAGCCAUGUUAUACGAGUGCGUGACAAAGGAAUGUCCGGAAAUGCUGCCCACGUACGUGGCCAUCGAGCAGGCGGUCAGCGCACUGUGUCGGGGCGAGCUGCAGCACACCUUCGCCUUGUGGCAGAUGCGUCUAGUGGUGGACCUUUGGGACGGGACGCUGCGACGUCCCGCCGACAUCUGCGACGCGAUGCUCUCCUCGGAGUUUUUACCAGUCAUGAGGAAUAAGGUGGACGUGGCGUUGGAUUGCUGGCUCAAAGACAACAGCUCAGCGCUGACGUCCUACAUUGGUGGCAAGGCCCUCUCCGAGGGUGCCGGAUCAGCCCUAUUGGCGUGCUUUGUGGCCUACCGCUCUGUCCCGUGCCUCAGGGACAAACUCAUACAUCUGCAAGGCUGCACUUCGCCCGGGGUUUUGAUGACCAGCAGCAAACGGUUGGGAAUCCCAAUCAGAGACUUGCUGCGGCUUGCUCCGGUCCUUCUGGAAGGCGCCAAGAUACCCUUUUCCAACUCGAUGGUUGCACGACGAGACAUCCUGGACAAGACAGGGCGAGACGUCCUGGACGAGACCAGACGUCAUGGACAAGACGAGACGUUCUGGACAAGACUAGACAAUACGACACUUCCUGGACAAGACAAGACAUCCAGGACAAGACGAGACAUUCUGGACAAGACAAGACGUCCUGGAAAGACUAAACGAAACGUCCUGGACAAGACUAGACGAGGCAUCCUGGAAAGACUACACGAGAUGUCCUGGACAAGACUAGACGAGACACUUCUGCACAAGAUGAGAUGA